AUGCCAUUCAUUCGAAAUUUGUGCAGUAUUCAAAAAAUUGUAAAAUCAUUAACUGACGAUUUGAUGAACAAUCAACUGCCUGAACCUUCCCGUGAUGCUGAUCAUAUUUGGCAAAUUAUUGAAAUGUAUUCCUAUUCGCUAGAAGGCGUAAUCGAAGGUACAAAUUUAUUAGAACGCUUAUUUAAGUUAAAAAUGCGUUCCAUGAUUAAACCAACGAACUAUUUCAAUACGAUUAUUAGUUACGUUCAGUGGCAAAAUGAAACUGUCCGGUGUUUUGUUGAGCGAUUUAGAGAAAAACCAAGAAAUUCUAGACUCGAUGAAAUUGAACAUUUAUGGAAUUGGAAUUUUCGAGCAAAUGAAAGAAUGUUUUUUUGUGGCGCUGCUCGGCCACUUCAUUUAAAAAAAGUAACAGAAUUUGCAGCCUUAAUGAGUAUGUAUUAUGAUAGAUUAUGGCCUUUUUACAAAGAAAAUCGUAAUACAUUAGCUGAAGCUCUUGCGACAUUAUUACAUCAAGAAAGUCAAAUAUAUUGGCCUGAUUAUGAGAUAUUUCCAUGCACUACCUCGAAUACAAUUAUAGAUAAAUGCUUUCAUUAUUUCUUUUUCAAAGAUCGUAAAAAUACAUGGUUUAUUAAUAGUAGUUCAUGUGAUUACAUACCAUUUGUAAGUUCGGCUCGAGAAAUAUUUGCUAAAAAAUUUAUUGGGUCUAAUAUGAAAAUUCCCGAUCAACACAAUACAGAGUGGAUUUUAGAUAAUCUUAAACAACAAUGUUCAAAUAUAUAUGCUCAAAAAAAGAAUGCAAUUGAACCCUUGAUUGUUAUUCUUCUUACAUCAAAAAAUCGAUAUGGUCAUCGAAUCGAUGUUGAUUUAAUUCAUUCAGAGCUUAGUAAACGAUUCUCAUCUAUUACUACAAUUGUUGACGGAUGCCAAGAUGCACAAGCUUUUACCGAAGUUGAUAUUAUUAUUUAUACUAAACGUUUUACGACAACAGGAGCAGUUGGAUUAGUUAAUAAAAUAUUUUUAGCAAAAAAUGCACUAUUACGUACAAAGUUAACAGUUAGUACAAAUUUUCCUGUUGGCAUCUUAGCUCAAUUAUAUAUUAACGUCAAUAUGGCAAAUACAGGUCUUGCACAUGGUUUAGAAGAUCUUGUUAAUUCUUCUUGGUGGCAUUACUGGCGAUGUCCAAUUCAAGAUGAAUUGCGUUUCGCUAUUCACUACUCAUUUUCAUCUCAACAGAAGAUUGCUGAACAUGCACGAGGUCCGAUACGAUAUUCAUUUACAGAAGAUCUUAUUGGAACUAUUAUUAUGCUUAAAUCUGAACUAGAUGGACAAUGUCUAUUAACGAAAUUGUGGGCAUUACUUAAAAAACAAGGUCAUUCAUUGGAUUGUUUCGUUAUGGAUAAUCCGUAUUUGAAAAGUACCAAUGCAGUACAUAGUGAUAGUGUACGUGAAUUGAUUGCAGGAAAAUUCAUCGGCGAAUUACGGCAAAUGGAAAUACGUUCAAGCGACUACUUGUCAUGGCCAUUAGUACCAUUUUGGGUUUCGUCUCCAGAUGAUAUAUCAGUCGAGGAACUUGAUGAACAUUUCAAAAUAUGUUAUGCGUAUCAUUGUUGUUUACGUAUAUCAGUUGGUCGUUGUGGAUAUCCUGGGAAAUUAAAACAUUUGAUCGAACAUAUCGAUGGUAUUUUUCAAAGAAAUGAACUCAACGAGUCCGAUGAUUUUCUUGGUAAACAUUCAUCUCAAUGGCCAUCGUAG